GGGGACAGUCAGGGCGCGGUGCAGCUGCGAGGAGCUGGGAGCAGGAUCCUCUGCGCCCGCAGCCGGCGUUCGGAGGAGCUCAGACGGGGACGCGCGCCGCCCACCCACGCGCGACCAAAGCGGGAUUCAAAAGGAAGCCUUUGCGGUUUCUACCAGCUCGGGUCAGCCUAUUGGGAAGAAGGACACCUCGCAGGUGGUUAUGGCUCUGCAGAGGACCCAUUCGCUGCUCCUGCUCCUGCUGCUGACCCUGGUGCUCGGCUUGGUGCAGCCCUCCGAUGGCCAGGAUCGCAUGUACCAGCGGUUUCUGCGGCAGCACGUGGACCCCCAGGAGACAGGUGGCAAUGACAGCUACUGUAACUUGAUGAUGCAGAGACGGAAGAUGACCAGUCCAAGGUGUAAGCGCUUCAACAGUUUCAUCCACGAAGACAUCUGGAACAUUCGCAGCAUCUGCAGCACCACCAAUAUCCGGUGCAAGAAUGGUUUGAUGAACUGUCAUGAAGGUGUUGUGAAGGUCACAGACUGCAGGGAGAUAGGAAAUUCCCCCACGUGCAGGUAUCGGGCUAUGGCGAGGACCAGGCGAGUUGUCAUUGCCUGUGAGGGUAACCCUCAGGUGCCCGUGCAUUUCGAUGCCUAGAUGCCAUCAGAUGUUGGUUACAGCCAGUGUCUGGGCUCUGAUUUACAUCUAGAUGGUGACAAGUGAUGCAUUUGAAAAGCCUCAUGUUCUGCCUCCUGUGCUUAUUUGUCAUGCUCUUUCUGUGUAACACAUUCUGUUAAGUGUGUUGCAUCCACGAAAAAUGGAGACAUAAAUCUCUGAGUCUGAGCUUUUCUGCAUUAAGCUUCUUAUAAUUCUGGCCAGCUUAGCUUGCUCAGAUUUUAUACUCUGUGAUUUAGUCGUUACGUGCAUUUUUACUGCAUGUCGAGUGCUUUCACCUCGGCUACUUUAAUUCCCCAGCCAUAAUUCAUUAAUGCUUUUGUAUGUAGAGCUUACAGUGAAAAGAAUUUGCUGAGUCUAUCAAGUUAGUGGAAAAGGGGAGAGAAAAAUCCAGUUGGACUAGCUACUUAGCGAGGGUUCCUCUGCUCCAUCACAGAGGGCUUUGAAAGUGUCUCCUUUUGUUAUUCCCCUAAGUCAGCUGUUGGGGAAGCCAUGAAAACUUGUGAAUAACAUACUGACAAAACGACAGGUCUGUGUUAUGUGGCAUUAUUAUGCUUGUGUCUGGUAAGAUCAAGAAAUGUGAUCAGAAAUUUUUCUUUUUCCCCUAAAUUUUCAAUCACCCUAGUAAGUCAAGGUAUUAAAACUUUAUUAGUGGGGGCCGGGGAGAUGGCUCAGUGGAAUAAGUGUUUCCCUGGCAAGCACAAGGGCCUGAAUUCAAUUCCCGGUUGCGAAAAAAAAAAAAAAAAAAAAAAAAAAAACUUUAUUAGCUUGUAAAGACUCAUUUACUCUCUGACAGAAAGCAAUCUCAUGUAUUCAUUAUAAUAAAGGGCUUAUUUGCAGAAAUCUAAAA